AUACAUCUUGGUGUGGUGUCUUGAACGUUGGACUUUUUUUAUUUAAUUUUUUUUAUGUAAGGAGUAAACAAAUUAUUACUUUGCUUAAUUAUUAUCACGCUUGUUAAAUCCAGAAUACAUAUUCGCAACAUCAAAUUUAGAUAAGCUUAGUAAGUAUCAAAUAUGACAGUCGGCAAUACGGUAGUAUCAUAGGAAGAUCGAAAAGGUUUGCUAAGGGUCCCAGUUUGCCAUGGCCACUUUUAAAGAAACUUUGGUAAUAUUUCCAGAAAAUAAUGUACCGCCAGCGAGACGUGUUACUCUAAAGGACUUGGUUAUUUGUGGGACGUCAGAAUUUUUCGGAACUGCCGUUUUACUGUUUCUUUCCUGUACUGGAGCCACUUUGGACAUCCAGGGAGAUGCAACCGUUUUACACGUUAGCAUGGCAGCUGGUUUGGCUGUAACAGUAGUUAUCCAGAUGUUGGGGCACAUUUCUGGCGCUUACGUAAACCCCGUAGUCACCCUCUCAGCGUACAUUCUGGGCGAAAUUAAUUUAAAACAAACAUUGCUGUACGUCGUUUGUCAAAUUAGCGGAUGCCUUUGUGGCACAGGAUUUCACAGGUUGCUGACCCCAGCAGGGGUGCUAAGUGGGGGUGAGCGUGGAGUAUGUGUCAACACGCCUGGACGUGGGAUAAGUGAUCUCGAGGCAUUUGGCGUGGAAAUAAUAUUAACCAUUAUCCUGGUGAUAGCCAAUUGCUCCAGUUGGGAUAAAAGGAAUUCCCACAAAUCCGAUUCUGUUCCCAUAAAAAUCGGAUUGGUAGUUGUGGCGCUCAACGUAUCCGCAGCAGCGUAUACAGGAGCCAGCAUGAAUCCUGCUAGAAGUUUUGGGCCUGCUGUAUGGUCAUCAGAUUAUAAAUCUCACUGGAUAUAUUGGACAGCCCCCACAAUAGGAUCGUUGCUUGCAAGUUACGCCUACAAAUAUGUGUUUUUGGAGAGAAAUGAAUAGAUGAAUAUUACUAGGACCCCUUUCUCAGUAUUUUAAGUUAUUUUAUUGUCUCAGAAUCUCUGAGUUUACUUUUAACCUGAGUUUAAUCAGUAUUAAUAUUUUAGUUUUAUCCUAAAAAAUAGGUAUCUUGUUUUUGUUAUACGAAAUGCCUGUUUGGUUAAAUUAACUCGUACUAAAAGAGAUUUAUAAAAACCUAAUAUUAGGAGUAAACGUUGUAUUUUUAUUUUUAUUCUAAAUAAAUGUACUCUGAAAAUGC